AAUGUCCAUCCCAACUACAAAGUCUCCUUCGAGUCUGUCGUCCUCUACAUUCCAGACUUGAUGAUUCUGGAGAACAACGAGUGGUUCAAUGACAAGAUUCUCAGCUUCAUCGGGGAGUAUUUGAUGAUUCGCAUCGCUGACAGAAAAGUCCACGUGUUCCUACCGCCUGAGACGGAGAUGAUUCGUCAUGCGAAGGGGGAGGAAGAGGUGGAGAUGUACUUUGGAAUGUUGGAGGUUCAUCUGAAGCCAGUGGUCGCCUUCAUCGUGAACAACAAUGAAGACGUCACCCGCGCCAACGGUGGCUCCCACUGGUCUCUUCUCGUCUUCGACCGCAAAACCGACGACUUCUAUCACUUCGACUCCGCCAACAACUACAACCACGCCGCCGCCGAAGCGCUCAUGGAAAAGUCGAGAUGGCUCGUUGGCCAAGAAGACGGCACCCGCAAAUUGAUCGCCGUGAAGUGUCUCCAACAGGAGAAUGGCAAGGAUUGCGGUGUCUACGUGGCAAACUUUCUUCAUGCCUUGUGUGAGCAUCAGAAUGUGGAGGAUAUCGGAAAAAUGGAGAGGAUUGUGUUGCCAAGACAAGCCUGGAGGGAUCUGAUCUUGAGUUUCGGCACUUUCGUGUUCUGGAUCACCCAGGACGACACAAGUCUCCUUAUCAGAAUCCGAGCACCGCAUGGUAAUCUCGCCGAGCUGGACUAUGAUCAUGGCGGUUUCAUGUUUGUCUUCACAUGUCCACCGUACUUUUUGAGACUCCAAUUCAAACAAAUGGUUGAGGAGUACGGUAGUGGGAAUGGCAAAGUUGAGUGGAAGUCUGAAGAAGGAGAAUUUCAUAUAAGAAUCCCUAAGGUUCAUAAAAAUGAGCAAUUUACGAAUUUGGACAUGAUCACAGAGCUUCUGAAUCCGACGCUAGAACCUCAUGGAAGGGCAAUGGUGGAGGAAUUAGAAGACGUGGAUUCAGAAGACGUGGAUCCAGAAGACGUGGAGGAGGAUCCAGAAGGCAACGAAUUUCUCAUAGAUCAAGAGGUUCCAGAGCCAGAAUGCCCUCAAACCGACGAUUUUCUCAAAAAUCAUGGAUAUGGAUUUGGUUGGACAAAGAUCGGAGUGAUCGAGAGACUUCGUGCGGAGAUUGGGAAGAUUGUGGACAUUCAGAAUCCAGAAGACGUGGAGAUUGAGAAGAGAGUUGAGGAGAUGAGCAAGGUGGAUUUAGAGGCGUUCGAUGAGGGACGCUAUUUAGCCGAUACCCUGGAACCCGAACAGGAUCUUCUCUCCAUCAUCGCCUCUCCAUUCUCCCUUCCACUAGAUCUCACAGAUGAGGAUCGUGUGCGCCUGAAGGAUCUCCGAAAAACGAAAAUUCAAAAAAUCUGGGCUUCCGAUCUGGAAAUUGCCACGUCAUUGGUAGAUAUUCUCUAUGCAUACUGUUAUGAUCAACGUGUCAAUCAAUGGGAGACAAACUGUGAAUCGGGAUGGACCUGCUCCAAAUUAUCACCCAGUUUGAGCUAUUUCGUCAAGUUUGGAAGUGUCAAAGCGUGCCUCAUCUCCUCGAUCCGCCGCUCCUUGACCUAUCCACUCUACCGUAACUUCUCCCUAUCCUCUCAAAUCAUUAACGACGUCUGCCACGUCAUCAAAUCCGAUCGUACCGCCCUUCUGCACAUCCUCUGUGACAUCCAUCGAAUUUUCAUCGAAUCCGGAGAGUUUCGUUAUAUCCUCAACGAUCUUUUCAUCACGGACUACAUUUUCUGGAUUCAAAGUGUUCCUGAAGACGUGCUGAAGACGAUUCUGAAGGAAAUGGAAACGGAGGGAAUUCAAAAAGAAGACGUCGGAUGGGAUUUGGAGAUUCUGGAGACGGAAGCGAGAAUAAUAGCGGUUGCUUUGGAUAGUGACGAUGAACCGGAUCAUUAA